AUGGAUGUGGAUAAAAUAUGUCAGCAAUGUGGUGAAGCUGAGGAAACACUGGAGCGUAUCAUGUUUGGUUGCAUUAGAGCUCAAAGGAUAUGGAAGUUGUCUGGACUGUCAUGGGAUGCACUCAGAGAUAAAGAAGAAGACUUCAGGAAAUUGUGGGAAGCAGUGAUCACUAUGGACAGAGGAAAGUGCAAGAAAGAGAGAAUUGAAUUAACAACCUAUUUAUUAUGGUGGCUGUGGCAUACAAGAAACAACUGGAUUUUUCAAAAUGAGUGGAAACCGAAAAAGGAUAUAGCUGAAGGUGCCAUCAGGGAAUGGAGAGAAUUCACAAUAUUCAAUGGGACCGGUGUAGAAGAGGAGGAGUAA